AUGGCUCUGAACUACGCUUUCUGCAAAAGGGCAGGCGACGAUGCGCUGCUGCAGGGAGUGUCCAAUCUCCUCAAGUCGCAGAAUUUCGCCGACCUCGUGGUCACUCUUGGUGACCCCAGCUGGUCUCUACACAAGGUGAUACUCCGUGCAAGAUCCCAGUUCUUCGCGAAAGCACUCGAAGAUGACUUCAGGGAGGCGCAAAGCAGCAGCAUCGAGCUGCACGACGACGACCCUGAUGUCAUGGGUAAGAUGUUCUACUACAUCUAUCACGGUGAGUACGAUGAUGCCGAGAUAGCCACAACUCCUAUGCUUGUCAACGUGCGCAUGGUUGCGGCUGCCGAGAAGUACUUCGUCGAUCACUUACCUGGAAUCGCCACCAGCAAGCUCGAUUACUACACCGAGCGGGACAACGGAUGGACAACAGUGGGGUUCGCAGAUGCAAUCGAGGAGGCUUACACGACUACUGCAGAUCAAGGACGUCAACUACGCGACACACUGCUCGAGGUCGUCCUGAGGCACAAGUCGGACUUGUUCGACAAUAAGAAGCCAGAGUUCUCCUACUUCCAGGCCAUGGCCGUCAGGACACUAGGUUUCGCUGCGGACGUGGCCUCGGCCCUUUGCCGUGCGCCAAUCACUCCUCUCUAUAGGUGCCCGAGCAGUAACUGCAGUGUUGUUUUCCGUUGCGAGUUUGGCGAGGCAGAUCUCCUGGACUGGGAAUGUCCAGAGUGUGGUGUUGCAAGGGAGGACUGGAAGCCCAUAGAUUGGGAUGACUUCAUGUCCACAGAACUAGAUCAGGUCCCGCAGCCUUCAAUCGAUGAUUGA